UACCCAAGGAAGAAAGGAAGAUAAAAAUGGUGUCCAUAAGGUUUACUAGCUUUUUACUUGGACUUUUGCUCUUGUUGAUAGCUGUAAGGGACUCUACUGCAGAUUCCCAUCAAGCUUUAAAGAAAAUGCCGGUUGCGGAAGUAAAUCCACCUCCGGAAACAGGGAUGUCAAUGACCCUUAAUAAGGAAAUUUUUGGUAAUGGUGUUCUUGCUGCUGAAGUUAAAAACACAAGGCCUGGAGGAAGGAAAAUGAUGUUAACGAGGGCCUUGGGGAAAGAAAUGGUGGAAGGAGAAGGUGGAUAUGGGGAAGCUUCACAAAUUUCAGGUGCAGCCCAUUUUGUUGGAAACUGUAAUCAUAAAAGAAGGGGAAUGUUGAAUGUAGAAGGUAAAUUCAGUAAUAGAAGUUCUCAUGCUGCAGUGAAGGUCAAAAUGGGUGGUUUUAUAGCUUUCAAUGCUGAUUAUCAUGUGCCAAGAGCUCACCCACCUAAGAAUAACUGAGGAACUGCAGUACUGAAGCCUUAUUAAGAUAGCUCUUUUCUUUCUUUCUUUCUUCUUUCAUUUUUUUCUUCUUUAAUUUUCUGUUCCUAUAGAUGUUCUAGGGGAAACAAGUGCGGAAUAUCAUACUUGUAUGUAUGCAAAUAUGCA